CCAGGGAGACUCACCUGUCCUGUCCCGGGGAGACACACCUCUCCCCCCGCCUCUCCCCCUCCCUCUCCCCGCCCCCCGGUGCCGGGCCCGGCCGCCGCCGUCGCUGCUGCUGCUGCUGCUGCUGCUGUUGCCACGGCCGCUGCCGGAGCGCCGGGCCCGGGCCGCGCCGCUACUCGAGAGCGCAGGCUUGAACGGGGCCUACAGGCCGCGGCCUCCGGACAGCGGGCAACGGGCUCCGGACAGCGGGCAACGGGCUCCGGACAGCGGGCCUCGGACACCGGCUCCCGGGGCUCCGCCGGGCAACGCCAUGGGGGAGAGGCUGCUGCCCUCCUACGUGCCGUCGGACAGGGAGCCGGUGUUGGUGCGGUUGCCGUUCACCGGCCUGUGCGUGGUCACCGUGCUCUGCCCACUCUGUGGAUUCCUCUUCUGUGUCAUCUGGUCGCUCAUCUUCAACUUUGAGGAAACGACAUCCACCCACUGCAUGGUGCCCAACUACCUCCCCUCCAUCAGCUCGGCGAUUGGAGGAGAAUCGCCGCAGCGGUACGUCUGGCGUUUCUGCAUCGCUAUCCACGCAGCCCCACGCCUCCUCCUGGCCCUGGCCUACUGGAGGUUUUAUCGCCGGGGCACCUCCUCCAUGGCCCCUCACCACACCACGCUCUGUGUCGUCAACUUCACCGCAAACCUGCUGGAGAAUCUGGCCCUCCUCACACUCACCUACGUCUCCUCCAUCGACAACCACCGGAUCCAUGAACGAGCCUUCCUGACCUUCAUGGCCGCCUCCCAGCUCCACAUGCUGGUCACCUGCAUCAUCUGGCAGCGAAACCGGAAACCCACCGUCACUCCUGAGGAAUGUUUCCCGGAAGUGGGAGAGGCCCGGAAUGUUAACAAACGAGUGGAGCGGGGCAGUGCAGCCUGUGAUCCAGUUCCCGAGCGGAGUUGCUGGCCAGGGCCAGAGCUGCCGAGAGUGGGAUUAAUGAAGGGCGGGGAAGACAGUGGAGAUAAUGAGGCUCUUGUUCCGUUCUAG